AUGACCGACAACAUUCCCCUCACACAAGUGCGAACGGGAGCCUCCUCCACCGGAGCACGAAGAGCCGGAGAAGGAAUAUUAGGAGGGAGUUCGGAGAAUGAUUCAGGUAAAGAUGAUGAGAAGCAGGGAGGGUUUAGGAAAGGAAUCGCAGGUAGAAGGAAAGUUUACCCUGCACGAAGAGGAACAAACGGGGAAGAGAUUGCAGUCAACGGCUUGGGUAGACUUUACAACACGAUCGUCAAUUUCUCGGUGGUUACUCGCUACAUGUUUUAUGUUGUGCCUAUUGGUAUUGUCCUCGCCGCGCCAAUCGUCAUUUUCGCCGUUCUAUACCCAAAGGCCACUAUUGGAAAAUUAAAGGUGUACUUGUUCUUCACUUGGAUUGAGAUUAUUUGGCUUAGUAUUUGGGUUUCGAAGCUAUGUUCCAAAGCCAUACCAUACAUCUUCAUGUUUUUGUGCGGGGUUGUCAGCACUGGUGUACGCAAAUAUGCAUCCAUAUUGAGAGCUUUGGAGAUUCCAUUAUCCUUAGUCGGGUGGGCCAUUACGAGCUUGGUUACAUUUACGGCCUUGACGUCUCCGCAAUUGAACAGAAUUACUAAUAAGGAUGGCAAAAACUGGGACGGUACCAUGGAUCCAUGGGUCAACACGAUGAAGCGUGUCCUAAUACCUACACUGAUCGCUACAAUCUUACUCUUGAUUGAAAAACUUAUCGUUCAAUUGAUCAGUGUCAACUACCAUCGACGAUCUUUCGAUGGACGAAUUAAAGAAUCAAAACACCUCAUCCACUUGCUCGGCCUCCUCUACGAAGCAUCCCGAACUUUGUUUCCGAUGUAUUGCCCCGAAUUUGUGGAAGAAGAUUACAUUAUUAGUGACAGCAUUGAAGCCGUGCUUCAAAAGACGAACAGAAGACUAAUGGGUCAUAACAGAGCUGGUUCAAAUGCGCCAUUGAAAAUUAUUGGAGACAUCGGUCGUUUUGGUGACAAAGUUACCUCAGUCUUUGGAAACAUUGCGUCUGAGAUUACUGGAAAGCAAGUUUUCAACCCAAAUUCUGCUCACUCCGUCGUUAUCGAAGCGCUUGAGAAGACUAAAUCUUCCGAGGCAUUGGCCAAACGUUUAUGGAUGUCUUUUGUCAUUGAAGGCAAGGAUUCUCUGUACGUAGAGGAUCUCGAGGAGGUCCUUGGCGCUGGUCGUAAGAUGGAAGCUGAAGAGAUUUUCGAGGCUUUAGACAACGAUGGAAAUGGUGAUAUCUCCCUCGAUGAGAUGAUCAUGAAGGUAGUGGAUAUUGGUCGUGACCGAAAAUCGAUCGCAAACAGUAUGAGAGAUGUUGGUCAGGCCAUUGGUGUGCUUGAUCAGGUUUUACUCAUCAUUGUCCUUAUCAUUGUUAUUUUUGCCUACAUUGCUUUCCAAGACACCGGUUUCCUUGCUACCUUGACAACCGCCGGCACAACUCUAUUGUCUCUAUCCUUCGUUUUUGCUGCCACUACUCAAGAGUUUCUCGGUUCCUGCAUCUUCCUUUUCGUCAAGCACCCAUAUGAUGUCGGUGAUCGUGUUGACAUCAGCUCUGAAUACCUUGUUGUGGAACAGAUAUCUCUACUCUUCACCAUUUUCAAACGUAUUGACAACAUGAAAAUGGUACAGGUACCUAAUAUUGUACUAAACAACCUUUGGAUCGAGAACAUUACCCGUAGUAAGGCAAUGAAAGAACAGCUCGACAUGUUUAUCUCUUUUGAUACCACCCUCGAAGAUGUUGAACUUCUUCGCACGGAGAUGGAGGCUUUUGUUCGUCAUCCAGACAACUCUCGCGACUUUCAAUCCGAUGUUGUAUUGGAAGCUGUAGGUAUUGGCAAUAUGGAUAAGCUCCAGCUAAAGGUCGAAAUCAGACACAAGUCUAACUGGCAUAACGAGACAGUUCGCGCUGCUCGUCGCUCCAAAUUCAUGUGCGCUCUUGUUUUGGCCCUGCGCAAAAUUCCAAUCAACGCUCCUGGAGGUGGUGGAGAUGCUCUCGGUGGACCUGCCAACCCCAAUUACUCUGUCGCUGUGACAGACGAAUGGGCUGCCGAGGCUCGAGAGAAAUCAUCAGCCACCAAAGACUCAAAACGCCUCAUACCCACGACACCUCUCAGAAAUACUAAUCCAGAUCUUGGUCCAAUAGACACUGAGGAAGAGGCAGCGGAACAUUUAAAUGCAAGACGUCCAGGAUUAGAUUUUGCUCAUAGUAACAGUUACAACGAUAGCGAUGAUGUGGCGACAUUGGGAGAAGACAAUUUCGAUCAAUACGGCAAUUCAAGGACAUCUCUAUUAAAGAGAGCAAGCACCAGAGGUAGACGAAAGCCUGGAGAGCAUUUACCGCUAAAUGCAUUACAAUCGUCCCCUGGUUUCAGUGUGACAAUAGACGGACCUUCAGGAUCAGGAACUUAUGGGAGCUCAUUCAUGAAUGACGGUUCUUCGGGUUCUACCGAAUAUAACUCAUCAUAUAGCAGCGGGAGUGGUUAUCAAAAGUAUACACCAUUCCCUGUAAAUCCUUCGGGUCAGCUCGGCCGGAAUGCUUCCGUUGCUUCGACUAGAAGUCAAAACUUGAGCGUUGACGGAGCUGGUCUGCCUUCGACAUCACUGUCUCCAUCAUAUUCCGUAGGACAACAAGCCACGGGUAUUAUUUCAAAUCCGGUGGCUAGCACUUCACAAGCUGCUCCUGGUCGGACUUUAGUCGGAGGUGUGCCGACAAAUCGGACUAGAAGCGGGACGACAAGUGGUAGUCAACCAGUUAUCGAUGAGGAAGAAAAGUAA